CUCGGGCUGCGGGGGCGGCGGGUCUCGAUCGAUCACCCGGAAUUUCAUCUUUGCAUUCCCGCCUGGGCGACGCGAUUCGAUGGAGGUGAGGUAGGGGCGAGAAUCGGGAGAGCUUUUAUUCUCGCGCUUCUUCUUCUCGAGCAAUCGAUCAAUCUGGGGCGCGCGCGGGUUUGCAUUUGGAUGUGAAUCGAUCCGUGCGUGUGGGAGCGUCAAGUGAUUGAAGGGGGAGGGUGAAAACAUGGCAUGCCUCUCGGGAGCUCUCCUGGAUUGCCUCGCUGAUUGCCUCUAGCCGCAGCGAUUGGAAAAACAAGAAGAAACAGGAAUGCGUUAGCCGCGCCAAAGAAGAAGCCGAAGAAGAACACGAAGAAGAGGAAGAAGAACAAGGAGAAGGAGAGGAUGCCUGCCAUGAGGUGAGAAUUCCAGCCAGACCAAAGGGCUUCCUUGGAUCGAACAGGAGGGGAGAAGGAAGCCAUGGCUCCCCUCAAGGGUCCUCACAAUGAGCGCUACACGGACUUCUACGACGAUUGGUCCAACACGCAGCUCCAGCAGCUGGAAGAACUGGAGCGCGCUCUCAACAGCAACAUGUCCGAGUCGGAGAUCAAAGCUCUGGUGGACAAGGCCAAGAUGCACUACGACUACUACUACGGUGCCAAGGACAACGCCGCCAAGCAAAACGUCCUCCAAGUCAUGACCCCGGCCUGGAAGACUCCACUCGAGACGGCCUUCAUGUGGACAGGGGGGUGGCGGCCGACGAUGGUUUUCCAGCUCGCCUACGCGCUCGCCGGCCAGCUCGUAGAGGCCGAGCUCUCGGACCUCCUCUCCGGGGUGGACAGCCCGAGCCUGGCUUCGCUCUCGGCCCGGCAGCUCGAGAAGAUCAACGAGAUGCAAGUGAAGGUCCAGAAGCAGGAGGACGACAUCUCGCACCGGAUGGCGGUGCUGCAGCAGGGGAUGGCGGACCAGCCGUUUGUGGGGAUCACGCAGACGCUGGCCGCGAGCGAGGAUGAUAAGAUGGAGGCGGCGGUGGACUCCAAGCUCAAGGAUCUGGAGAGCCUGCUGGAGGAGGCGGAUAACUUGAGGAGGGAGACGCUGCACAACAUGCUGGACACGCUCACUCCCGUCCAGGCGGCUCAGUACCUGGUGGCGGCGGCGCAGCUCCAGGUGGCGUUCCGGAAGAUUGGGGCGGUGAAGAACGGCAGCAGUGGCGAUUGAGACGAGCAGCGGCGGCGGAAUGUGGAUCGAUCGAGCCUCCGAUGGGUCGAUCCAAGCGAGAGUGGCGGCGAUACGAUGGAGAAAGGGAAAAAAGAACAAAGAAGUAUCAUGAGAACAGCGAGUGUUAGAUCUCUUUUAUCGCAUUUGUACCUGGAAUAUUCUUGGUAUUUAAGACUUUCUUUA